AUGGGGAACACGGUGUCAUGCUGCGUCUCCCCGGAGUCGAGCCCCAAGCUGCCGUCCAGGCAGCCGGCGGAGCGGCUGGAGGAGUUCCUGACCAGCACGGAAGUCAGCGACGACAACAGCGCCCCCUAUCUGCAGCACAUCAGCGACAGAGAAGUCCCCGACGAACUGGCCUUAGAGUCCAACCCGUCAGACCAUGCCCGAGUCAGCACCAUCUUUCUUUGCAAGUCACAGACAGACGAAUUAUUAUUCAUGAAAAUAAUGGAAAGGAGGAAAAGCAACCAUAUUAACCACAUCAGUCAUGUGUCUCCUGGGCCGCUGUCCAAAAAGUACAGCUCGUGUUCCACCAUCUUUAUUGAUGACAGCACUGUCAGCCAGCCCAACCUCAAAAGCACAAUCAAAUGUGUCACUUUAGCAAUCUACUACCACAUCAAAAACAGGGAUUCUGACCGCUCUCUGGACAUCUUUGAUGAAAAGCUGCACCCUUUAUCAAGGGAGGCGGUGCCAGACGAGUACAGCUGCUUGGACCCCGAGCACAAAGUUAUCUAUCGCUUCGUCAGGACGCUCUUCAGUGCAGCACAACUCACUGCCGAAUGUGCCAUUGUCACACUCGUGUACCUCGAGCGUCUGUUGACGUAUGCCGAGCUGGACAUUUGUCCCUCCAACUGGAAGCGUAUUGUGCUGGGUGCCAUUCUUCUGGCCUCCAAAGUCUGGGACGACCAGGCCGUGUGGAACGUCGACUACUGCCAGAUCCUUAAGGAUAUCACCGUAGAGGACAUGAACGAGAUGGAGCGCCAUUUCCUGGAGCUGCUCCAGUUCAACAUCAACGUGCCGGCCAGCGUCUACGCCAAGUACUACUUUGACCUGCGUCAGCUAGCAGACGACAACAACCUCAGCUUCCCACUGGAGCCGCUCAACAACCAGCGUGCUCAAAAGCUUGAGGCUAUCUCCAGAUUGUGCGAAGACAAGUACAAAGACCUGAGUCGAGCUGCCAUGAGGCGUUCGCUCAGCGCCGACAACCUUAUCGGCAUACGGCGCUCCAACGCCGUGCUCUCCUAA